AUGCUACAUAGCCACUUCUCCUUUGAGUGUCGUUUUCGGUGUCUCCCUCGGUCACCCUCCCGCGUGGGCCAUCACAAAGUAGCCGGUGCUCUUUUUGGGUCCUUGGAUAAAAUCUACAAGAGUAGUAUCGCUAUAAAUACCCUAAUAUUUGAUAUGUCGCCGUUUAGGAGUCUGGAGUAUUUGGAAUUGAACAACGUGGAUCUUGGUUGUAUGCGUGGCUUUGAGCACAUAAAAGCCACAGUUAUUCAGUUGGUUGUUCAUCACAGCCUUAAAAAUCUCAAGAAUCUUAUGUUGGGUGACCUUUUUGCCGCGGGGGGUGGAAACUGGGUUUAUGGAGAGAAUCCAGUGCCAACUCUACCCUGGGAUCAGAUCAAAAUUGCCGACUUCUCUAAUAACUUCCUUCACCUUCUCGACCAAACUAUUGCCCUCCUACCAAAUGUUGAGAUUCUCGAUCUCUCAAACAACCUUCUCACUGAACUUGCGCCUCUUUCAUCGCUGUCACGUCUGCGAGUGCUCUAUCUAUCUGACAACCAGCUCUACAUCGGUGAGGAGACAAAUCCUUUCCCUGCCGAGGUUUGCGAGGAUGAGGUGGAUAUUCUAGAGGCUCUGGUGCUCGCCUCCUCCGCGGGUACCAUCGACUCUGCCACGGAGCGACGCAGACCUCUCCAGACGCCGCUGAAGCCCCUUCGUGAACGCGUCGGUGAGAUUCAAGUUCUCAUGCUCGCCAGAAAUGGCCUUCGUUCGGCGGCUCUCGUAGAAGGUCUUUUUAGCCUUCAGCAUCUAGAUCUUUCUGACAACAAGAUUGAGUCGUUUGAGGAGCUGGUCUACUUGGGUGAACUACCACAUUUGAAUUCGCUGGAGCUGUCGGGAAAUCCGAUUUGUGAUGAUCCCUACUACCGACGAAAUGUGCUGAAUGUUCUGGGUCCGAGGUUCCCAUUGAUUGUCCUAGAUGGAAAAAGGGUGACCGCGAAAGAGUAUGAGAAUGUUCGGCUUCAUCAGGCUCUCAUGAAGGGUGGUGUCGUCUCCCAAGCAUCUCCAUCGAAUGGCUUAAGGUCAGGAGCUCCACCACUAUCAUCUACGGGUUCAUCUAACCAGAUAUCGGAUCAACGAGACUACAUAAAUGAUCAAGUCCACAUUAGUGAAAAAAGCGAACCCGCUUUCACGCAAGCUCCUAAGAACAAAUUGGAACUGUCACCCGAAGAAAAUAUCGGCUUGGCUAAGAGCAAGACUUUCAUGUCCAGCUCCCCUGGAUCGAACGUGCCGGUGGCUGAAAUCGACUAUUUUCGCGGUGUAUCUGAAGUGGUUACAGGAUCGCCCUCAAAGCCUUCCGAAAUUGAUUUAUACGUACAAGAAAGUGAUAUUUUACAUCAGCCUUCACAGCUAUUGGAGCACUCGUCUUCCGAAACUCUUCAAAAGACGGCUGUCUCAGUAACUGAAAAUUUUCCCGAUCAUCAUGAACGCAAAUCUAUAGUUUCGAUAAAAGGCCACGCUGAUACAAGUGAGUCUCGACCGGACGCACAAAAAAACUAUUUCUCGGCUGAUCAGUCGCCUGGGAAACAAGUCAAGAUGGACAGUCAAAGAACAGAAGACACAAAAGAUACUUCGAAUGAAGAUGCGCUGGAUUCCUCAGACAUUCAUCAGACGCCUCCUAGUGUUGAUGACGCUGCUUCUUCGAAAAAUGUUGUCAUUGAGGGUGUAAUGGCCGAGCCUUUGCAAUCCAAGGGAGCCGAUAUUUCUAGAAGCACUUGCGAAGAGGAUACUUCAAGCCUUUACCAAAUUACUUCAGCUGAAUCAGAAGUGUUCGCGAGCGACUCAGCUAAUGUAAUUGGGUUACACUCGAGCACUCAGCAAGAUCAUUUCUCAGCUGAACAGCAUAAUGAAGAUGAAUCACUAUUGCAAAGUGAAUCUAGUAAUUGUGCGACUGAAUGUGUUAAAUCUGUUUCGAACGUAAACGUGGCUGACUCAUCAAACAUUCAUCAAACUGAAUCGAAACUGUUGACAAAUGAACCCAAUGGAUUAGCCUUAGACACCCAACAAACUGGCCUCUCUAUUGAGCGACCAUCUGAAAAACUUGACACGACGAUAUCAUUAUCACUAGAAGAACAAGGUAAAUCGAGUAAUCAUGUGACAGGGGAUACAAAUACUCCAGAUUCGGUGGGUGCUAAUCCAAUGCGUUCGAAUAUUUGUGACUCCAAUAGUGAACAUUCUUCCGAAGAAAGAUAUGGAGAUAAGGAAUCUGAGUCUUUACCACCCAUGGAACGGUCUUCUGUUGACAAACCAGACCAAGGGACUAAUUUUCCUAAUUGUGACUCCGGGAAGGCAUCUCCUAAUCUUCAUCUUCCACCUUCAACUGAACAUUUGCCGUCAGUAACUGAAUUUAUGACUAGUGAUGAUCCUUCCAAGUUACUAGCGGAUUCGCAAAAAUCAUCGAGUGAGAAAUUGGGCUCCGAUCUCGACUCCCCUCCAGGACCUAAGGGGGUUAUGACCUCUAGUCUGUACGAUGGUCUGGACGAUGUGGAAUUGAGCAAGGGAAGCGGUGCCGGUGGUGGUGGUAGUAGCGGUGGAAGUGGAUGGGUUCUUGGAGGCACUGCAGGUGCUUCUUCUGGCUCUACAACGACAACAACCACUGGAAUCGGUCGUCUUGUUGCAGCUGCCUCAGGCAACACCACCGCCCCGGGUGGUUAUUCAGGAAUGCAGCUAAUGCAAUCUCACAUGGCGGCAAAGCGCGCUCAGGGUCGGCGUGGCGGCGGUGGUGGCGGCGGCAGCAGUGACUACGCCUCCCGAUCCGCUGUAGCUCCAGUUGUCGAUCUGCAUCGUCGAGGCGCUGGUGGGGGUGGGGGCGGUGGUAGUGGCACUAACGCCGAGGGCUCCUAUCGCUUUAAUCAAAUGACGGGUAAGAUGGAACGCGUCACCUCUGCGCCGACAUCGUCGUCUUCUUCAACAAGUCGCGGUACGAGUGGAUCUUCUCACUUCACCUCUUCAGUGACCUCGGGUCUGCUCUACGGUGAACCGAGCUUGUCUCUGGGCGUGGCGGAUGAGUACAACCCUCUAUGCCCCAACGACUAUGAGGAAUUGUCGAGACAGAAACGCGAAAAACGGAAAGCUGAUGAUCGGACGCGUGACUCGCAUGGUGGGGAUGGAUUUAGUCGCCGACCAAACCUCUCGGGCAGUGAUAGUGGUAAUAGUUCGGACAACUCGGGGGAUGAUCGCGACGAUCGCGGCCGUCGAGUUCGCUCGCAUCACCGACGAAGACCCCCUCCGCCUCCGCCAGCUAGUCGGGCCGCUAUCGCUCCACCCAGCAGUCUCCUCGAGGAUGUUGUCGUCACUCCCGGCUCUGACUCGGCUGCCACUACUACUGCCGGAAACACUGCCGCUACCGUCGAUACUGAUGCAGACGAAUUUGGUGACUCCAUCGCUCAGGCUACUUCUGGUAAUUAUGGCAUCAACGUUGUGGCGGCCAAAAUGAUGGCUCGAAUGGGCUACCGUCAAGGUCAGGGCCUGGGCAAGGAGGGUCAAGGGAUGUCAUCAGCUCUGGUUGUUGAGAAGACCAGUCGCCGGGGUGGCAAGAUCAUCCACGAGAGGGACCUUCAACGCAGUCAGGAAGCAGAGAUGCUAUCGUCUGUUGGUGGAGUGGGCGCGGAACAACAGCAAAUGCCAACAAUGCCACUCGACGCUACUGAGGUAGUGUUGCUGCAGAAUAUGUGCGGUGGACCAAGCGAAGUGGACGACGAUUUGGAGCCUGAAACGGCAGAGGAGUGCGCCAAAUACGGGCCCGUUGUUACCUGCAUGAUCUACCAAAUGCCUGAUGCCGGUGAUGGACCCGAAGCUGUUCGCAUUUUCGUCGAAUUUGAGAACACUGAAGCUGCUGCGAGAGCCGUCUACAAUUUGAACGGGCGAUUUUUCGAUGGCCGUGUUGUUCAAGCAGGAUUUUAUGACGCGGAGCGAUUUAGAAGUUUGGAAUUCUCCGAUCCGCCUCUCUCACCCAAACAACGCAGACUCGUCAUCCCUUAUUUCGAUCUCACCUUUACUCUCCCAACUAUCUGCUGUUCCGCAUGUGAUUGUCUAAUGGUGCUGCCGGAAAAGGCGAUGAUUACCUCAAGCUUAGGAAAAUAUCGCCAAGCGAAUAUGGAGAAUGAGGGCGAGGGUGAGGGAGAAGCAGAGGUAAUGUUCACCUCCUCCUCCUCCAUUCCUCCCGCACUUACUUCUUCCCCGUUCUGA